AGAUGUUGUGUUAAAGCUGCUGAAUAUUAUGCAGACCAUUUAAAGACAGCAAUUCCUAUUGUUUUGGUAUCAGAAAAUGCUGAGGAAUAUAAGUCAAUCAUAAAACAUGAUGCAGUGAAAAUAUGUUCAUUAAAGGAGUACCUUGAGACUAUGUGGCCUGGCUUAGAUUCUGCUUUGCAACUGUAUGAAUCUUUUACAUUGGCUCUUUCGGCUGGUAGUGUUAAAGAUUUAUCAAAAUCAUACGAAAAUUACUUGCCAACAGAAAUUCUUGAAGCAGGCAUUAAAGCUGGACGAUUUUAUAAAGGUUAUUUACGUGUGAAUAAACAUAAUGCUUUACAAGAGGCAUUUGUUGCUUCAUCAAAGUCAUUCAUAAAAGACUCUGGAGAUAUUUUUGUAUGUGGUAUGAUAGAUAGAAACAGAGCCAUUCAUGGAGAUGAGGUUGUUGUAGAAAUGCUACCGGAACAACAAUGGAAAUCCCGUUGUUUGCGCUUGGUGGAUAAUCCUUAUGAUGCCAAAGAAAAUGGUGUUGAUAUUGAAUUGGCUAAAUCCCAAGUUAUUCCAACUGGAAAAGUAGUUGGAAUUCUUGAUAGACGUUGGAGAAAUUAUAUUGCUACACUUCCUGAAGAAGAAGAAUCCAACUCAUCAUCACGGAAAAAUGAAAGAAUUUUAGUCAUUCCUUAUGAUUAUCGAAUUCCAAAAAUACGAAUUGUUACUAAGCAAGCCGAAGGGAUUCGUAAUCACAGAAUUGUUGUGCGAAUUGAUAACUGGGAUAAAGAGUCACAGUAUCCUAAUGGGCAUCUUGUGCAGACUUUAGGAGAAAUUGGUGAACUUGAAACAGAAAUUCAGUGUCUUUUAAUUGAACAUGACAUAUUUGUUGGAGAAUUUGCACAAAACCUGAUAUUGGAGCUGCCUUCUGUUAGUGAAGAAAAGCCGGGGAAACCAGAUGAAAGUGAGAUAAAAACACGAAAAGAUCUCAGAUCUUCACAUUUUAUUUUUAGCAUUGAUCCUAAAGGCUGUGAAGAUGUUGAUGAUGCUUUAUCAGUAAAGGAGCUGUCAAAUGGUAUGCUAGAAUUGGGUGUUCAUAUUGCUGAUGUAACAUAUUUUGUUCAGCCAUUAUCUGCAACUGAUCUUGAAGCCAGAAGUCGAUCCACAUCUGUUUACUUACCAGAUCGCCGUUAUGAUAUGCUGCCUCAAGUACUCAGUGGUAAUUUGUGUUCCUUACUAGGAAAUGUUGACAGGUAUGCAGUUAGUGUCCUAUGGGAAUUGGAUUCAGAAUGCAAUGUGCAAAAUGUUUGGUAUGGGAGAACUGUAAUAAAUUCGAGAUACAAAUUAUGUUAUGAGGCUGCACAAGAUAUACUUUUUGGAGCUACAGCUGAAGAAAUGAUUUCAGAAAUACCAGAACUACAAGGGCUUAAUAAAUGUGAUUUAAAUUCUAGAUUUCAAGAGCUGUCAGAAGCUUUAUCUAAGCUGUAUCAAACUGCCAAUAUUAUACGCCAGUCUAGACUUUUAUUGGGAGGACUCGAGCUGAAUAGUAUUAAUAUGAAGUUUGAAAUUGAUCAUAGCCUUGCUGCUGCAGUUACAGAUGUGAAGUCAUCUAAGGAACUUGCAAUACACAAAACAGUAGCAGAAUGCAUGAUUUUUGCUAAUCACUGGGUAGCCAAAAAAAUUAGUGAAGCUUUUCCUCAUCACGCUGUGUUGCGUCAUCAUCCUAAUCCCAGGGAGGCAGAUUUGCUUGAAGUACAGAAGUUAGCUUCAUCAAAAGGUUUUGCAUUAAAUAUUCAUUCAAACAAAGAACUAGCUGCAUCACUUGAAAAAGCUGUAAAUGUUAAUGAUCCUACCUUUAAUCAGAUACUUCGCAUUUUAACCACUCAAGCUAUGAAUCAAGCAGUUUAUUUUUGUAGUGGUAAUAUCAGUAGCUCAGCAUUUUAUCAUUAUGGUUUGGGAUUAGACAAGUAUACACAUUUCACAUCACCUAUUCGAAGAUAUGCUGAUAUAUUGGUUCAUAGACAGCUUCUAGCAGAAAUUGAAAAAUCUGAAGCAGAUGUUAAGUUUGAUGCCGGAGAAAUGACAGAUUUAUGCAAUCAUAUGAACAUAAAGCAUAGAGCUGUUCAAGACUUGGAAAAAGCUGCUCAACAGAUUUAUUUGGCUUACUUCUUUGAAGAUUAUUCUCGGCAAAAUUCUAGUCCUUGCCUUGUAGAUGCCGUAAUUUAUUCUUUAUUGACAAAUGGCAUGCUAGUAUUCAUCCCAAAGUAUGGCAUUAAAGGCGCUGUUUCUCUUUGCAAUAAAGAUAAAAAAGUGGCAAUUGUGAAAGAUGGUGUAGAAUGGCUUGAAGGUCAACUUACAAUUAAAAACUCUUCUUUAACAGUAGAAGCCAGUGGUAUGAUUCAGAAAUAUAGUAUUUUUGAUCAUGUCACCCUGAGUGUGAGAAUUCAAAAAUCCCGAGCUCAUCAACAUAAAAUUAUCCUAGAUUUGGUGAGAAAUGUGCCAUAUGCAUCUGAUAUAAUAACUUUACCUGAUGAAAAUAUCGAGAUGCUUCCAAUAAAAUCUGAAACAGGCAGUGAAGAAAUCACAAAAAAUGUAAAUGAAAAUCUGCUUUUACAUGAAGCAAAAACAUUUAAUUUAUAUGACUUUCUCGAAAAUCUCAGAGCCCUUACUCUUAUCGAUUAUAAUGACACUUCUCUUAGUUGACUCAUAUUGUAGAAUUUGUAAAAUAAAUAUUGUAUAAAAUUUC